AUGAAUGUGGUGUGCGCAGAUUGCAACAUUUUGCGAGCUCUUCUUGUUCAUAGUCAAGGUUAUCCAAACAACCUAAUACAACUACACCAUUUAAUAAGCAGCUAUUGUGUUUUUGCUACAGGAAUAUCAACGACGGUUAGUCCCAUUGGUCAGUGUCCAGAGAUAUCCGAUCCUCCUGGUGGCUCCUGUUUUACCUACAACCACACUUGCCUGUCUGACGAACAGUGUUCCUCCGGUUUCCUUUGCUGUUUUGACGGCUGUCGGCUUACAUGUCUACCGUCUGUGGGUGAAGUAACCGGACCCACCAUUCCAUUUACAACAGGCGCUCCAACCGGUUCUACAUGCGCCGAAGCCUUUGACCUGGGCAUCGCAAUGGAUUCCUCCGGUUCCAUACGAGAUGGCAACUACCAAAAACAGAGGAAUUUCAUUAAGGGAUUAGCCAGUAAACUCACCGUUGGGCCUCGAAACGUCCAACUAGGUCUUAUUGUUUUCAGCGAUGUACCAAUCAUGUCCAUCAGAUUUGGCACGCUUAGAAGUACCGACCUUUUCUCCUUUACUGCAGCAGUGGAUGGCGUGCCAUAUUUUCGCGGUCGCACUCGCAUAGACAGCGCUCUAGAGACGGCUGCCAACAACUUGUUUCCCGAAGGACGUCAAAGCCUUGUACCUCAGGUGUUGUUGUUGAUAACUGAUGGCCGUCAAUCAAACGAUCCUGGGGCGAUUGAGUUGGUGGAUGCCGUGCGACCGUUGCGUGAUCAGAGCAUUAAGGUUAUUGUUGUUGGCAUCGGUGAUGAUGUCGAUAAAGACGAGUUGAGGGCCAUAGUGCAGAACCCAGUAGAUGAUCUCUUCCUUGUCGAGUCAUUUGAGGACUUAACACGAUUAUUGGAUAACCAGAAGCUUACUGAAGCGUUCUGUUUUCCCACACGUGGGCGCUUCCAAAGAAAUCGAUCGUGAAACAAUAAGGAGGUGUUUGUGAAAAUGUGUACAUCUGUGAUGUAGAAUAAAUAUGAGUAACAAAAAUAUAAGCGUUCUAUUGCUAAGUUGUUUGCUAUAGAAAGCUUUUAGGAAGUAGUCGGCUAUUAACUUAUGAAUAUUAUCUCGCAUAGCAACUAGCCACUUUUCUGAAUUUUGGCAGCUGUCUUUUUUGCUGCGUGCCAUUUCCUAGAUGUUCAAUCGCGUGCUAUGAUUAUCGGUUCCAGGCUCCUACUUGUUUCCCAAGUGGCCGACGAGCUUGUCAUUAUUGGCUUAGUUAACUUUAAUAAAAAGGUUUGAAAUUUGUGCCGCGGAUGCCUUUAUUAGUCAUAGUUAGAACAGUUUGUUAUUUCCUUUUUUAUCGAAAAAACUUAGUUAGCGAGGGGUCUCGGUUCCAACGCUCUAACGGAAAUCUGUUAAUAAUGCAAAUAACGGUUAUAAAAAAGACUAUCGGACACUUCACUAAUAUAUUCUCGGGUCAGAAAAAUCUUUGAGGCAUUACUCGUAGCGUUAAGAGAAACAUUUCAAGGAUUCUUAUGCUAGAUAUGAAGCUCUCGGAGUUAAACACUGGACGUUUUCCUCUUCUGUAUCCGGAGAGGGCUACCUUUUAGUUAUAGAGACCAUAGCAAGCUUCCAAACUGUCUGAGUAGAAAUAAAGCUCAAUUUAUUAAAAUUAAAGCAAUAAAUAUGUCA